CAUUGCUUAGCUCCUGUCAACAAUCACAGUCAGCAGACGAAACUACAGCAGAGCAGAUAGAGAUCAUAGUGACGCCGCUUUCGUUUCGACAGUCAGUAAUCGAGAAAUGUCGAGAAAGUGCAUACAUAGUCACUAAAGUGGUCGGACCUACUGUCGCGGUGUAGGAGUUGUUGUGCGGCAAACCGCCAUGAUCAUAGCGCAUGGAAUAUUGGAAUGAUGCCGCGACGCACCAAUAAACUUUGAUAUGGAGAAUGAAGCGAUUUGGUAGUCAAUUUUGUCGUAUUUGAUUUUACUUUUGACUUUUCAAGAGACUUUUAUUACUUUGGCUGUUUCUGCUGUUAACACAACUACUGGACUGGACACUCAUGCGCGCUAUGUCUCUCUUGUGACAUCGAGUUUCAGCGUUUUUUCAAGGCUAUUUAUGGUUUAUUUGAAUAGUGACAUGAUAUAAACACUGAUAUAUCGAUUAAACAUCUAUCUGAAGCUUUGCACAUUGUGUAGGACCAUUUUCAACACCUGUCCCUGAUGGGCUUCAUGAGAGUGAAGAGGACUUUCUAGGACUGUUCUGUUUUAUAGACCUUAUAGGACUUCAUAUCUUGGGGAAGUUAGAAUAGGACAGGAUCCACCAUGGGUGUCAGGCAGAGUAGCCCCGUGGCUGAGAGUCGAACCCGGGCGUAUUCUAGCCCUGUGGAACCCUCUGGAAGCAGCACUACCCCAGGGAUCAGAUACACAGCCAGUCCUGGCGGACCCAUAAUUCGCAACACCGGAGGGACCCAACCCAGCUCCUACCACCAGACAGGGAUGAGUAUACCCCAUGGUGGCCGGAGCAGCAGUCUGGACCAGGAGGAGACAGAUGGGGAGAGAGGAGGAGAACACCAGAUGAUGAUUGGCUCUCUACCACUUCACCUGACCCCUCACCUACUGGGAGGCUUUCUCUGUCCUGUUUGCAGUAAGUUUGUGGCGUCAGAUGUGAUGGAGAUCCAUCUGAUCGUGUGUCUCACCAAAUCACGACUCCGCUACAACGAGGAUGUUCUGGUGAAAGAUAGUGGGGAGUGUGCCAUCUGUCUAGACGAGAUGGAGCAUGGACACACCAUCUCUAGACUCCCCUGUCUCUGUAUAUACCACAAAGGGUGUAUAGACGAGUGGUUUGAGGUGAAUCGUUCGUGUCCAGAGCACCCCUUGGACUCCGGGCUCAGAUUCCCACAGAAUGUCUACCAUCUAUCUACUUCAUCCACAUCAUCAUGACAUGCUGGCCUAUGAAUCUACUUCAUAUAGAUCUAUGUCUGACCUGCUGGUCUGUUAAUCUACUUUACCUAUCAACGUCUGACCAGUGACACGAGCCUGUGAAGUUUAGCAGAGCUGGGAAUUGCCAGGAACCUCACGAUACGAUAUUAUCACGAUACUUACAUUUCUUUUUUUAAAGUUUAGUCAUUUAGCACAGUGGUUCCCAGGAUGGGCGCGGGGGUCUCAGUCCAGCUUUAAACUUGCUCUUGAAAGUUGUAAUAGUAGAAUGCACAAGGUGCAAUUUAUAAAUUGGGCAGUGUAUCAUCAGUUCCUCUUGUCAUGUUAGUCAUUUCAGACCUCAGAGAGAUAUUUAUAACUUGUCAGAAAUGUCCAGAUCAACUAGUCCAUGUCAGCUAACAUUUUUUAGCUAGGUUUUUUAGCCCACAGAUAUUGUUGUAAUGUUUUUGUCACUCACGUGAAUACACAUUAGACAUGGCAAAAUGUAUAUAAUUGCAAGAAAAUUUGAUUUAAAACUGCAGAAUUGUAUUUGCACAAAAUGUGUAGAAUUGCAUGAAAUAAGCUUUAAACCUGCAAAAUUCUCUCCAACAAGAGGGGUGUGAACCACCAACAGUGAUUGUGCCCAUAGAAAUAGACGUGGUGUGUGUGCGCGCAGGGGAGGCCCGGGAUGUUCCCCACUGCUGGAAGUGGGGCCCCGAGUGAAAAGGUUUGGGAAACCCUGAUUUAGCAGACAGUCUUAUCCAGAUUAACUUACAGUUACUGCAUUCAUCUUAAAAUAGCUAGGUGGGACAAUCACAUAUCACAGGCAUAGUAAGUACCCGUGGAGGCUGAUGGGAGGAGCUAUAGGAGGACGGGCUCAUUGUAAUGGCUGGAAUGGAAUAAAUGGAACGGUAUCAAACAUAAAAAAUAUGGAAACCAUGUGUUUGACUCAUUUCCAUUAAUUCCAUUCCAGCCAUUACAAUGAGCCCGUCCUCCUAUAGCUCCUCCCACCAGCCUCCACUGAUAAGUACAUUUUUCCCAAAGUCAGAGCUAGAAGGGGGGUGGGGGAGGGAGUCGAGUGCAAGUGUUGGUUCAUAAACUACGUAGGUGCCAAUACGAUAUGUAUUGCGAUUCUAUAUGUAUUGUGAUUUUAAUUGCGAUUUGAUGUUCCAAACAUAUUUCUCACCAUAUGUCUGCUGCAGAGAGACAGGAGAGAGCAUGAAAACGAGUUUUGAUCAUUCAGUGAAAUAAGAGCUGAAAACAUGUUGGCUCAGUAUUUAAAAAGAAAAUGGAGAACAAGCUAUAGGAUGAAAAAUAAGUGAGUUCUGGCGCAGGUACAGCUGACUAGUACUAGCAAUCAUUAUUAUUUGUAAAUCUUUUAUUUUAACAAAUCAAAGCUUGGAGUCACAUAUUGAUAAUAUGUCCAAAAUAUCACGAUAUGUAACUGUGUACAUUUUCCCCAAAUCACUACUGGUUUGCCUCACUCACUUGCUAAAAGACUAAACGGGAUAACCUGAAUAUACACUUAGUAUACACUUAAAGGCACAUUUACAGACCAUAGACUUCAAGUGUGGAGAACGGGCCAGGACCCAAUUAUGGGUCUUCUGAGAGUGUUGGUGGACUGCUAAAAGAGCAGAGUUCUGGUGCCCGACUGCAGUCAAUGACGUGGCACGCAACCAUUGGUUGAAGCAUGCAACGUCUGAGCAGGGUAGCGCGACCAUCACCUCCUGCGAUCUAAUCCUCUCAGAUUUACACUAGUUUAGUGAGUAGGGUUGAAUUUGGGAUGAGGGGCAUACGUUCAUUGAUUUCAUAUUACUGUAUGACAAUGUAAUAAUGAGUUUGUUGAUCAUCAGCUGUACUGCUGCGGAGUGAGGGAAUUUAGAGAAUUGUAAGUGCUGUGACUGAAACAUGCUGCUAAUUUUGAGUCUCAAUUACACACAUUUAUGUCAAUUAUGAAA